UCCCUUUCUUGUGCCGGACAGAACGAAGACCCGGUUGACACCUUGUUUGAAGUCCCUGACAGCCAGGGUAAUUUUUACCAUGCCUUUAUAGAAGUAUGCGACAAGGUUUUCAGUGGAACCCCAAGACAAACCAUCAAGUCGCGCAUGCGAACAUUGGGACUUAAUCUAGUGCGAUGUCCUACUACCGUCCUUGACAUUGUUAGAAAGGCCAGGCCAGGACUUUGUAAUUACAAAGUCAUUUCGCUUAUAUCUAAGCGAGACGUCUUUGUCUUACAAGCUUACCACCAAUCGCGCGUACAAAACGAAAGUAGCAGGUGUUUUAACCUAGGCAAUGCUAAUUCAUGCGCCAGUUACCUGCAGAAAGCUAGUCUAGACCUUUCAUUCAUAGAUUUCAGUCAAAGGGCAAAGAACCAGUCACUCGCAUUGCCUUUCCGCGAUGUAACCGGUACAAAUCUGCCUACGGAACAAAAUUUAGCUGCCCUCUGUCACGCUUGGAAAACAAUGCCCACAACUGCUACUGACACCGAGAAUAGAUGUCAGUCUUUCCUUGGGACAACGGCUGCUCAGAUUCCGUGGUAUUCUGAAAGCGCCUGUGCGAGUAAGUCGGCCGACUGGCGAUCGAAAGAAAGGGGCGAAGAACUGGAAGAAGAUGAACAGCAACGACGACAACAAGAGCAAGAAGAAGAAGAAGAAGAAGAAGACGACGACGACGACGAAGAGGAAGGGGAAGAAAAAGGGGAAGAGACAGGACAAGAGGAAACACUGAAAGAAACGGAGAGACAAGAAAAAAAAGGAGUAGCGGUGGAAGAAAGUGACGAUGAAGGAGAGAAUGUGAGUUUUGAGCCCGGCGAAUCAGGCGCCGACGUGAGGCUAGAGGAGGUAGAAAGUAUCUUAGAAAGUCGAGGACUAGAUCCCGUGCCAUUCAAAAGGGUCUUGAGGGAAAUCAAAGCGAUGAAAACCUUUUAUACUAGCGAGUUUAAUCACAAGAGGCGCUCUGGCAAAAUGACAAUGACGACGUGGCUAAAACUCGUCGAACGCCUUGUCACUUUCCUAAGUUUCGGCGCGAGUAAGUUGGAGGUGACGCCCUCGUUAGCCCUGGUAAAAAACCUGCCGCUCGUAGAGUCUUUCAUUAGCCACCUGCGUACGGACAGGCGAGUGCAAAAUUCCACUGCCGCCUGUUAUAUUCAAUCUUUGGUGACCACUUCAAACUUCCUGGGUGCAGAUCAAAGGUACGGGGAUUUCCAAGGUGACUCUGUCUCUAGUGACCUUCGCGCGCUCAGACGGCAAUUGGAAAGAGCAAAAGCCUUCACAACUAGCAUGCCGGACGUCAGACUUUUAUGGCCUCAGUACCAAGAGUUGGUUCGAAGCCUUCACUGCCAGUACCAGGACGCACCUGCCGCAAACAAGGCGCGGCUGCACAUGGAUUUUACGAUGCUUCUCCUUUUCGCUGUCAAUCCGGGUCGAGGCAGAGAAUUGAGGACUCUUCGCUUGCUGAUGGAAAUGCCAGAAGGCGGCGUGCAGACUCUGUUAAGAGGCUUGCCCGAAGGCGACAAUGUAGUAGUCAUCUCA